CCGUUAUUCGCCGACAUGCACUUAGCCAGCAUACUUGGCAGAACUCUUGCCUUUUUUGCGUCUUUGUCGCAGGUGGCAGCGUAUGGGAGAGUCCUAAGCAAGUUGCAUCGCCCUCGUCCGGAAGACAAAACUUUUUUCCACCUGGUUUUCAGUGCUCUCACCCGAAACAGCAUCGAGGCUGACUCUGUCUAGACAUUGGCCAGCCACCACAUAAGCUUACGCCCAACUCCUAGAUGGCAUCGUUGCUUCAUACACCCACCAGUCUGGAAUCAGGACGGACAUGCACGAGACUCUGCUCUCUGACGAAAUCUUGAACAGAAUCUUGUCCUACUGUUUAUUCAUCCCUCCUGAGGUCUUCUUGCAGUUCCCAACUGAAGCCCGCGGCAAUGCACAAGCCUAUCAGACCAAAAAACGCCUGAACUACCUGCUUGUUUCAAAGCGCUGGCUCAAGAUCGCGAAGCCGCUGCUCUACACCUCUGUCAUACUCCGGAAGAACGCGCACACGAAGGCUGUCGCGGUCGUUCUCCAGGAUUGUCCCGGACUUAGCAAGAAGAUCGACACAUUGAGGCUCGAGGGCGGAUACGGCCGGGAUUUCUCGUACAUUGUCGCGGUUUCGCCCAACAUCAAGCACCUGUACUUAAACCUGGAGCUUGCGUCAAGUGAUACGAUUGCCGGGAUGCGCAAAUCUCUGACGACGAUGGAUCCGACGAACUUCUACGCGCACCAAGUCGCACUGUCCGGGCUCAGCCGCAACAAUCAGACUGUCCUCGAGCUUCGAGCCAUGAUGGAGACGUGUAUCUCGAGCCGCUGGGCCAACCUGGUGAGCCCGGCCGCUUGCAACCAUUCGUCUACUCCCACUGAUCUUCCACUGCACGUUUCCAGAAACACGUGUAUCUCUGUGACUCGUUCCCCAUGUCGCCCUCAAUGGCUACCUGCCUCCGGAAGGCCGACCGACUCGAGGAGCUUCACAUCUCGACGUCGGACGCGAGGAAAUGGUUCUCUGCGGACGUCGACGCGUCGCUUCCUCUCGCGACCAUCUUUCGCAGCCCGAACCUACAAUUCAUCCGGUGUCGCGGCUUGGCCGAGAAGGAGGAUAUCUUCGCAUGUCUCGCCUCGACCCCGUCUCUCCCCCCGGACCUCCCGCUGUUCGCCUUCGAAGCACGGCCAGGAGAGCAGGAUGAGAGCGGAAGGUACGUGAUCUGAGCCAGGCUUCAACUCGCCGGGAUCUUAUGCUUGAGUAUCUGCCAGAUAUAUUCCGGACUUGCUGGAAGCUGCGGCCCAGGAGGUGCUCGCAAGCACCUCGAUGCCCAUUAGUAGCACCGCCUAUAAUGUGCGCGUACCAUCUUACUGGCAAGGUCCGGCCCAUGCGUCUGGUUCGCGCCGUCGGCGAUAAACUCUUCGGUCUGGACGCUGCUCUUGCUUUUUUACAGGUCUCAGGGUUUUGUGUCAUCUACUUGUGUGUCGCUCGGAAGGUUCGAUAGGUUUACCAGUCGCAUUAUGAGCGUUGCUCCCACCUGUUGGAUUCGUUCGAAGUUAUGUUUUGUGAAAGCAGCCCACGGAGCUUGUUUGCCUUGUCUAGCUCUUCCAGGGUAUUAUAUUCGACUGGUGACUGUCUCACGCGCUUGUGCAUUCGUAACACGGACUGUUUUAGAAGUACUAGGACCUAAUAGAUGCUGA